UUCCCGGCGGUCCCCGCGCGUACAACAUGGCGGCACCCGUGAGGCAGGGUGUGUUCUCCCUACCCCGGGCUCUGGGCUGGUGUUCUCGCCAGAGUUUAGAAGUCAAAUGUCCAGCCCAAGUGACCCAUCCCAUCACUGUGAUACCAGUGAGGACCAAGAAGCGCUUUAUACCCCCUCUUUAUGAGCCUAAAUACAAAACUGACAAGGAGUUUCGGGACCAUGCCCGCGCAGCGGGGAUUGUCAUCCCCAAAGAACGUCUUGAACGUCCCAUUCAUUUGGCCUGCACAGCUGGGAUUUUUGAUGCUUAUGUUCCUCCCGAGGGGGAUGCCCGCCUAACAUCCCUCUCCAAGGAUGGCCUGAAGCAGAAGACAGAGAAGCUAAAGCAGGGCGUGGUCUCACAGUUGGCAAUUCGGAAAGUGAGAGAAUACGAUGAUGAUUUCCGGAUUAAGACCUUCCCAGAAAUAGCGCAGCAGAUCUUUGUUGAAGCUCAUCAGUGCCUCAACACCUCAGACCAUGACCGACUUCAUGCCCUGGUAACUGAGCGCUGCUUCCCGGAAAUGGUGUGGGACGUCCAACUUAAGACAGUACGUUGGAGCUUUGUGGAAUCUCUGGAACCACCAAGGGUAGUUCAUGUUCGUUGCCCAGAUAUGGUGAGCGAGGGCAACGUAUAUGGCCAGGUCACCGUCCGCAUGCACACUCGCCAGACCCUGGCUAUCUAUGACCGAUUUGGGCGGUUAAUGUAUGGACAAGAAGAUGUGCCCAAGGAUGUGUUGGAGUAUGUGGUAUUUGAGAGACACUUAACAAAUCCGUACGGGGCCUGGAGAAUGCAUGGCAAAAUUGUCCCUGCCUGGGCCCCUUCUAAGGAACCCAUCCCCAAGACGGUGAUGAUCCCCGGCCCCAAACUCCAACCAUGGGAAGAAUAUGAAGAGAUGAAUGUGGAAGUUCAAAAGCCUCAGCCAGUUCAGUGGCAUAAGUAGGGUGGGAUGGGCAGGUCUAGUGAAUUGGCAUUGGGGUGUUUCACAGCACCUGAAACCAGGUUUUCCAAUUGCCAUGGCUCCUGGAAGCAAGAAGGAAGUCACCCUCAGUCAUGUUUUCCGUUCCAAGAGAGGGGGGCAGUUAUUUGAAAUAAAACCCUGUCAGAGUUGCAAACUA